AUGAGCAUGGUCUGCCAGCCCUGCGGCCGAGUGGUACCUUACGACCCGACAAACACCUCUGGCCUCUGCCGAGAGUGCGACCAGUACAACAGAGCCAGCAUGACGGUCGACCCUCGCAAUUUCCUGGGGUCUCAAGACUACUACAACAACGGCAUGCCGACUCAAGGAUACUACACCAACGACACACCGACCCACGAGCAAGGCUUCAACGGCAUGGCGGGCAACUCCUUCACGUCGCCACCUUCGAGCCUGAAGCGCAAGGUGCCAGAUUCGCACUUUGACGAGGAAGUCGACGCAAAGCGUGUGAUGCUGCCGAAAGAUCUCGCCCCUAACAAUACGUUAGGCUUCCUGCCAAAUGUGGAGGCGGACCCUGCUCCCUACCACGAAACAUCCGCCCGCGGCGCACUCAUCAGACGCACGGUCUCUGGACCUAACAUGACGGGAAUGCCAACAGGUGAGGGCUAUGAGUCGGACGAAGAAGAUGCAUUCGUCGAUGCUGAGGAAGAGCUGGCCGAGGCGGACGAAGGUGUGAACGGAGGUGAAGACCGAGACUAUUCCGCCUCACCGAGUGGAGAGCAUGCAGAGCUUGCGGAAGACGAGAGGGAGGUCGUGGAGCUUGAUGAUGAUGAGAACGGCAGCGAGGAGAACGAUGAGGCGGGACAUGGCACUGACGCCGAGGACGAUACAGAGGCGGAUCUCUUCAGCUCUACGUUCGGGAAGAAGGCUUCCGAGGACGUUGACAGCGAGGACGAAGAUGAAGAUGAAGAAGAAGACGCCGAGCAGACGGAAGCCAUCAAGAAGACCAAAGGCUCCAGCCCGCCACCAGCCUGCCGAAACACCAAACACAUCAAAAGCCGCACCAUCGACCUCACCUCCGAACCCACCACGAACUUCGACCCCGCCGACCACCACCCCUCCUGCCCCCCCAGCGCCCCCCGCAUCCCCACCCCAACCUGCCCCCCACCCCCAACCAUUCCCCCCAUCGACCCCACCAAACACCUCUCCCCCCACCUUCAACACACCCUUAAAUUCCACUCCCGCGCCCUGCACCACCUCCCCCGCCUCCCCCUCCCCGCCCACCGCUACUGGAUCGGCGUCCUCAACCCCACAGAAAACCCGGCCAAAAAAUUCACCUCGGAAAAACAGUUCGUGUGGAUGCGCGGGAAUCGCAAGACGACGGUGGAGACGGUGUGGCAUGUUUACGCGCAGGCGACGGCGGAGGAGGAGUUUGUGCUGUUGGUGGGGGGAGGGACGGAGAGGCCACUACCGGGAGUGAGGAUGGAGGAGGUGGAUUAUUGUUCGAGGGAGGAGGGGGGGAAGGUGGUGGUUUUUAGGGCGGUUCUGAAGGAGGAGCUGGGGCAGGUCCUGAAAGAUGGGACGAAGAUGUUUGCUGGGGACAUUCCGUUGCCGAGGGCGAAGGACGUAAGAGAGGGAGGGAAGGGGAAGGAGAGGGGGGAGAAGAAGAGCGAGGCGGUUGUCAUCGAAAUCGACGACGACUGA